UUCUGAACAUAUAUCAAGAGAUUUGAAUAUCAAACAAGAGAUUUGAAUAUCAAACAAGAAACACAAAAUGGAAUUCCAUGGGAAAACCUACAUUGUUACCGGAGGAAACUCUGGAAUCGGUCUUGCCGUCGUAAAGACGCUCCUCUCUUCCGGAGCGACAGUGCAUAUCAUCGAUCUGGCAGCAUCAAUCCCACCAGACCUGGUCGGGUUUGAGCCAAAAUCCCGGCUCCACUGCCACUCCCCCAUCGACGUCAGCUCGCGAGAACAAGUGGUGACGGUGUUUGAAACAAUCACCACCACGUCCCCGGAUUUGCACGGGAUCGUCAACGCCGCCGGAACAAUACCAGACAUGGACCCCAUUGCGCUUCCCGAGCCCGAUGCACAGUUUCGCCAUAUCCUGGAGGUGAACCUGUUUGGCACGUGGAACACCGGGAGCGCGUUUCUAAACUACAUCGCCACGAAGCACCCGGAGCUGAAGGAGAGUGUUUCUAAACUGCCUCCGCCCACGGUGGAGCUAGCGAGUGUCGUGAACGUCUCGUCGAUGGCGGCGGUCAAAACCACUUUGGGGUUUGCGUCGUAUAACACGAGCAAACAUGCCGUGGUCGGAUUGACCAAGUCAUGGGCCAAAGACUUUAUACAGCGCGGGGUGCGUGUCAACUGUGUUGCGCCGGGGUUUACUAACACCCCCUUGCUUCUGCACGGCGUUGAGCCCGCUGUUAUCGAGCAUUUUCUGGGCAGCGCGACGAUUGGGCGCAUGGCGAGGCCGGAGGAAAUCGCAGAGGUGAUUGUCUUUUUGUUGAGUGAGCGGGCAUCGUACAUGACAGGGCAGAUGGUGUCUGUUGAGGGGGGAGCGUCGCUGUAGUCUUUCACACAUUAACGUCAUCUAUCAAGGCAGGAGCAUAUCGAGUUGCUCAGGUGGAACACGGGCAGAAAACCCUUGCUCUGCACUUCCUUGCAGGGUGUCUUUGUAAAGAUUAUUAAUAUAAUCUUGUGCUCGUAUGACCGUCCCC